AAUAAACAGUUUCUAAAUCCUAAAGUCUGCUGCUAUAGAGAAGUUUUGAUAUGACAGGAGAAGGUUCUCAGAACGCCGCCUCCACACCUGCUUCUCAGUCAGCACCAAUGAAGGAACGAGAAGGUUCUCAGAACGCCGCCUCCACACCUGCUUCUCAGUCAGCACCAAUGAAGGAACGAGAAGGUUCUCAGAACGCCGCCUCCACACCUGCUUCUCAGUCAGCACCAAUGAAGGAACGAGAAGGUUGUCAAAACAUCGCCUCCACACCUGCUUCUCAGUCAGCACCAAUGAAGGAACGAGAAGGUUGUCAGAACGCCGCCUCCACACCUGCUUCUCAGUCAGCGCCGCAUGUUUCUUUGGAUAUUCUUGUAGAAAUCUUGUCCAGGCUUCGCGUGAAGCAGCUCAUUACUCUCCGUUGCGUCUGCAAGGCAUGGAAUGAUCUCAUCUCCGGAGAUUCCAACUUGGCCAAGAAGCAUCUUCUUGUAUCAACCUGUAACCAAGACUGCCACCACAUCAUCACAAGCUCUCAGCACAUGCCACCUGAGUUUCUUCUAUCUGCUUCCCCAUUCACCUCAAUCUUCGGCCCCACGUCGUACCCUACACAGUUCAGGUACCCUCUAACAGAGAUUCUUGAGAUUCUGGCCCAAAAUAAUCUUUACGAUGGACCUUUGGCUACCUCCGUUUGUGACAGAAUCUUGUGUUUUAGAUUACCUAAUUAUAUCGGUAUUUUGUGCAAUCCUUCAAUUAGAAAGUUAAAGAUAUUGCCACCUCUAAAUUCUUCUGUAAUAUCAUACUCAUUAGGGUAUGAUUGCAAUAACUAUAAGGUUGUUUCUCUUACUAAGGGCAUUGGCAGAGUACACGUCCCAUGUUCAUGCAUUUGGCUCAGAUUCUUGGAGAAUGAUUGAGGACUUCCCAUAUCCUAACUUCAUAAGUUAUGCACCUGGAACCAUUCUCAAUAACCACGUUAAUUGGUUGGCAUAUGGAUUUAUAGUUUCUCUUGAUUUGAAGUCAGAGUUAUAUCAAGAAAUUUCACUGCCUCCUGCUGAUAUCCGCAUCCCUAGAAGUACCAUAGGCACAUUCAGUGGUUGUUUGUCCCUCGUUACUGACAGGUAUGGUAUUGGGCUUCUUGCUGUUUGGACAACGAAGGAAUUUGGAAAUGGUGAUUCUUGGAGUUCCCAUGUAAAUGUUUCUUCCCGGGGUGGUUAUGGCCAUAGGAUAGUAUGUGAUUUAGAAGAUGCUGUGUUGCUGCAGUGGCGCACGAGGGAGAAGUUUAAAUUGAAUGUGUAUGAUCCGAAACGUGCUUCUUUUAAGUCUCUUAAAUUUGCAAACAACAUCCAAGGCCUAAUGGAACCUCAAGUUUAUGUUUAGAGUUUGAUAUUCCCUUUUUAGAGGGUCUCAUUGGUUACUAGGUUCUCAUUGGCAAUGUAUCUAGUUUUCUGUCAACGUGAAUGUUGAUCGUUUGGCACCACGUGGAGAUAUGAAUUCUAAAUAGUUAAUCAAUUCAGCACUGUUUCCGUUGCUUUGCUUACAUAAUUGUACAAAUAGAUCAGGUCACCAAUAUGAUGACAACCAGUUUAUAUAAGGUUGGUCUUCUCCGCUUAUCAUUGCCUCUAAGCAUUUCUGAAGAUACCACCAUGUCUUUCUAUUCUUAAAUAUACCAUCAAUAUUCUCUUCUCUUGUCACCUUUUCCUAAGAUUUUAAUUCACCCUUUCUCAUAACCAAAACUUUUAUUACUCACUAUCUCACUCGUAAAAGUUUCAAUGGAUCAUGAAACCAUCACUGCUAAGCUAAAGCUCAAGCCAUUGGAAAUCAUUUUAAAGCUUUGCAGAUAAAGUGAAAAUAUUUCCAGUUUAGUGAGGAGAACAAUUUGGAAAGUUGGCAAAGAUGAUCCAUGAAAAGUGGUUCAAUCUUUAAAAGUUGGUCUGGUUUUGACACUAAUUUCUUUCUUGUAUCUUACGGAUCCAUUGUACAAAGGGAUAGCAAAAAAUGUUGUGGUGACUGUCAGUCAUGACUGUGGUGGUUGUGUGUAGUGGAAUGGUGAUUUCAUCCUCUAUUGUGAUCUCUGCAAUUGUGUCUUUAAUUUUUGCACUAGUUGAUCUCUCUCUCAGUUGUUGCUGCAGCUCAAUACUAUCCUUGGGAUCAUGUUCAUAACUUAUCAACCUUGGAGGAUCUCUCUCUCAGUUGUUGCUGCAGCUCAAUACUAUCCUUGGGAUCAUGUUCAUAACUUAUCAACCUUGGAGGAUCUCUCUCUCAGUUGUUGCUGCAGCUCAAUACUAUCCUUGGGAUCAUGUUCAUAACUUAUCAACCUUGGAGGAUCUCUCCCAUAAAGAGCUUUGAAUGGAGUCAUACCGGUACUAGUAUGAAAUGAAGAGUUAUAUCAAUACUCUGCCCAUGCCAGUGCCUUAGCCCGACCUUUAGGAUUGUUAAAACUAAAGCAACGCAACAUCUCUAGACACUUAUUCACAACUUCAGAUUGACCAUCAGUUUGUGGAUGGUAUGAAGAACUCAUGGAUAGUGUAGUGCCCUGCAAUACAAACAGUUGCUAUCAAAAUUUGCUAGUAAAUACUUUAUCUUUAUCUAGUACAAUUGAUUUUAGCAAUCCAUAUAAUUUCACCACAUUGUUCAUGAAAGCCCCGGCCACAGUUUUACUAGUGUAGUCGGUUUUUAUUGGCAUAAAAUAUGCAUAUUAUGUCAAUCUAUCCACAACUACCAAUAUCACCGUAAACCCAAAAGAUAAUGGCAAACCAGUUAUGAAAUCCAUUGUA